AUGUCGGGAUUCAGCAACGCUCACUGUUUUCCGCGUCUUGUCCUCGUUGUGAAUCUUGUUCUCAUGCCAUCUGUUCCAUUUGGUUCCCUGAAGCUCCCUGCACUAGGUUGUAUUGUUACUCGUGGAAAGACACCACCCCCACUAGCUUCUGCUUUUUGCAUCCCAUCAUCUUCUGUAUCUCCAUGUUCAUUAAGGGAUUGUAUCACAAUAGGCACCACUGAUAUAUCGCCAUCCUGUGUGGCAUUCUGGCGAGUGGAUAAUUCUGUUUGCACUUUCUUACCAAUAGAUCCUAUUUCUCUUAGUUUGAUGGGUAAAGCAUAUGAAUUGCGUUGCAUUAAACAUGAUUAUUUGAAGUCAUCCUCAGCAGCAGUGCAACCGGAAAGGGAAUCGCUGAUUUAUCUCAUAAAUAGACCUGGUCUACAUGAGAUAUGGCGUGGCUCACUGCCUAUACCCAACUUCUGUUUCAGUAAGUUGGACACAUUGAUUGUGGACUACUGCCCGUUUUUAUCAGAUGCAGUGUUACCCUUCCAUUUACUUCCUUUAUUACCUCAAUUGAAAACAUUGGAAGUUAGAUACUGUGAUUCUGUCAAAACCAUAUUUGAUGUCAAGCCUUCCACACUAGACACAUUAGUUACUCUUCCUCUGAAUAAUUUGGUUUUAUCGAACUUGCCAAAUCUGGAGAAUGUUUGGAACAAAGAUCCUCCUCAUGGAAUUUUAUGCAUGCAACAUCUAAAAAAAGUAAAAAUUAAGGAAUGUGAAAGCCUUACAAGCGUAUUUCCAGCAUCUGUAGCCAAAGAUCUUAAACUUGAAGAUCUAGUAAUUGAAGAGUGUGAGAGAUUGGCGGCAAUUGUUGCGGAGGAUAAUACAGAUCCAAAUCUACAGCUUACGCUUCCCUGUCCCUACCUGAGAUCAUUGAAAUUAUUGAGAUUGCAAAAGUUCGCCUACUUUUAUUACUGCUCACACAAGUCUGACAUUUAUACGCCUCUGGAAUCACCUACCGAACAUCAACUUCCUAAUGAAAAGUGCAUGUCAGUAGGAGAAAAUGGAAUGAAGAUGAUUUUGCGAGGAGAAUUCGAGAGAAAGCUCUUAGAAAGCUUAAAAGCUCUUACUCUCUGCUUUGGUUCGGAUGUAUUUGGAUGUAAAAUUUUAGAAGAGGUUCCGAAUAUAGAGAAACUUGUGGUGUGUGAUGGUUCCUUCAAAGAGAUGUUCAGUUGUGAAAGUGGUAAUAAUGUGUUACAGCAGCUGAAAGUAUUACGGUUGGAGUUCCUGGGAGAGCUGGUUUCCAUUGGGCUAGAGAACUCUUGGACUGAUUCCUUUGUGAGAAACUUAGAAACCUUUGAAGUCAUUAGAUGUUGGAGUUUAAAAAACUUGGUAGCAUCCACAGUGUCUUUCUCCAAUCUGAUGUGUUUGAAUAUAUAUGGUUGUCUUAGCUUAUCGUAUUUGUUGACAUCCUCAACAGCCAAGCGUUUGGGUCAACUCAGAAAAAUGAAAAUACAAUAUUGUAAUUCAAUUGAAGAGAUAGUGUCUAAAGACAAAUCAGAUGAGGAUGAGAUAACAUUUCCCAAGCUCACUUGUUUAAAUCUUGAUUGGCUACCGAAUCUCAAAAGGUUCUACAGAGGGAGUUUAGGUUUCCCAUCCUUGGAGGAAUUGUCAGUAAUAUAUUGCCACGAGAUGAUAACAUUAUGUGCAGGAAGUAUAGAAGCAUGCAAUUUGUCUCAAGUUAAACUUGAUCCGUUCUCAAAGGCUAUUCAAUUGGAAACUGAUCUCAACUCUACUAUGAGGAAGGAAUAUCUGAGAGAGAUUUCAGAGCUUCGCAACCUAGAUCUCGAAAGUAGGCCAGGACUACAAGAGAUAUGGUAUGGCUCACUGCAUAUCCCCGACCUCUGUUUCAGUGAGAUGGCAACUUUGAUUGUGGAUGACUGCCAGUUUUUAUCAGAUGCAGUGCUACCCUUUCGUCUACUUCCUUUGUUACCUAAAUUGGAAACAUUGGAAGUUCGAAAUUGUGAUUAUGUGAAAACCAUAUUUGAUGUGGAAUGCACAACAAAAGACACAUUAAUUACUCUUCCUCUGAAAAAAUUGACUUUAUAUAACUUGUCAAAUCUAAAGAAUGUUUGGAAUAAAGAUCCUCAUGGAAUUCUACGAAUUCACCAUCUACGACAAGUACAUGUUACGAAAUGUAAAGACCUUACAAGCGUGUUUCCAACAUCAGUAGCCAAAGAUCUUUGGAACCUGGAUGAUCUAGUAGUGGAAGACUGCAAGAGAUUGAUUGUAAUUGUUGCAAAUGAAUAUGAUGAGGAUGAAGAAAUUAUAUUUGAGUGGCUUAAGGUUUUGGAGCUUAAAAGAUUACAAGAGCUGAGGUGCUUUUACGCUGGUAAUUUCACUUUAAGUUUUCCAUCCUUGAAGGAAGUUCACGUCAUCGAGUGUGGGUCCAUGAGAACUUUCAGCGCAGUCAACAAAAUAGAUCAUUUGACAAAGUGGUAUUAUUCAGAAGAUGCAAAGGAGAGUGAUCUUAAUUAUGGUGUGCGCAGAACUUCUGAAGAAGAGGUUGCAGUAAUUAAGGGGAGAUUGAAGGGCAUAAAGAGUGGAUGAAGAUGCACGUCUCCCUAUGUU